AUGAAAGGAAUAGAGAAACUAAUGGGCGGGAAUAGGCAGAAAGCAGUCCACACAGGAAUCUCGUAUUCGUAUCUCCCUUUUGCCGUAGCACGAGUCAAAAGAGGACCAGAAAACCCUGCUGUUCAUGGGAACUGGUGCAAUGGCAUCUUGGUUACAAUGGAUAAUCAAUCAAAAUCAAAAGCAAAAAGCAAAACCCUCGCUGUUUCCCUUCCUUGGUCCCUUUUCAAUUCCUUCCCUUGGGAUGCAGUCAUUCUAUUCUCCUCAUCCUCUUCCCCCAUAAAGUUGAAAAAUGCUCCCAUUCUUUACUUGCUAUCAGAGAAAGCCCUAAAAGCUAAGUAA